AUGGCCAGGAUCCUGGAACCGGAGAAACGACUCCCGCUGUCGAACCAAGAUCUCCUUUCCUAUGUCUUUGACCGGCCUGCAUAUGACCGGACACAAUCAAUCUACAUCGACGCCCACAACCCGUCCCGCUCCAUAUCAUGGAACCAGGCUCGAACCAUCAUCCGCCAGUUGAUCAAGGGACUGCGGAACGCAGGGCUUCAGAAUGGGGAUUGUGUGGCGGUUCACUCACUCAAUAAUAUUUUUUAUAGUGUCGUUGUCUUAGCUAUCGUGGGAUCCGGAGGCAUCUUCACCGGCACCAACCCCUCGUAUACAGCAGGAGAGCUACAACAUCAUCUUAAGACCUCUCAAUCCAAGUUCGUAUUCUGCGAGUCCGAGUUCGUGUCCCCAUUGCUGGAAUCGGCAAAGCAAGCCAGUAUCCACAAUGGGAACAUCUGGGUCUUCGAUACCACUGGAGAUAGCAUCCUUCCACCUGGUCUGCAAUCCUGGACCCAUCUCCUAAAACAAGGUGAAUCCGACUGGGUCCACUUCGACGACCUAGUCAUCGCGAAGAAAACAACCGCAGCCCGAUUCUUUAGCAGUGGAACCACAGGUCUCCCGAAAGCAGUGGAAAUAACGCACCACAACCUACUCGCCCAGCAUUCCCUGGUUUUCGAAGCUCACCCGAGGCCAUAUUCCAUGUCCCACCUAAUUGUCCUUCCUGCCUUCCACGCCGCCAUUGCCCCGCUCAUGCAUAUCGGAGCCCUGCGAUCGGGAUAUGUGAUGUACAUCAUGCGCCGGUUCGAGCUCAACUCAUAUCUUGAAUUCGUGGACAAGUACAACAUAACGGAUCUGAUUGUCGUGCCGCCUAUUCUUACAGCCGUUUUGAAGUCCGAACACCCAGAGAAAGAGAGGCGUCUGAAGAAGGUGAAGAACAUCGUCUGUGGUGCUGCGCCUCUGGACAAAGCUAUACAAAGUCAAGCCCGCGACCUACUACCCAAGGACACACCACUAACCCAAGCAUGGGGUAUGACCGAGACGUGUUGCGCGUCGAUGAUAUUUCCGUAUCCCGAGAAAGAUGAGACUGGUUCGGUAGGACGGCUAGUUCCGAAUGUUGAGGCCAAGUUAAUCGAUGACCAAGGUAGAAAUAUCACUGCAUACAAUGUCCCCGGUGAGCUCUGCAUCCGUGGCCCCACCGUAACACCCGGCUACUUUGAUAAUGUCUCUGCGAACAGCUCCGCCUUUGAUGACGACGGUUGGCUGAAGACAGGGGACAUUGCAAGCUGCGAUGAAGCCUCCCGAAAAUGGUACAUUGUGGACCGGAAGAAGGAGCUGAUCAAAGUGAGCGGGUUUCAGGUUGCGCCGUCGGAGGUGGAGGCCGUUCUGCUGUCUCAUCCAGGGGUAGCGGAUGCAGCCGUGGUUGGAGCUCGUAAUCCAGGUGAUGGGACUGAGAGGCCUUGUGCGUUUGUUGUGCCCAAGUCGGGAAUGAAGGUUACCAGUGUUGAGUUGAAGCUGUAUGCCGCUCGGCGGUUGGCGAAGUAUAAGGAGUUAUCUGGUGGGGUUAAGUUUGUGGAUGCGAUACCGAGGAAUGUGAGCGGGAAGAUUCUGAGGCGGGUGCUGAGGGAUCUGUGCGAGGAUGAUGGAGGUUUAAAGUCGAAGUUGUAG